AUGGAUGCAAAGGCAUAUUUGGAGCUGUUCGGGUGGAAGAAUGGGGAAGCGCUACAGAAAGGGGGGAUAAAGAAGCCUAUUCUUGUCAAGCACAAGAAGGACACCAAAGGUUUGGGUGGUGACAAAAAGGAUGCCGAUACCUGGUGGGAACUGUUGUUCGAUGGCACCCUCAAGAACCUUGAUGUCACCAAUACUCAAAGCGGCAUCUCCAUCAAUACCAAUAAGGAAAAGGUUGCCGAUGAUAUGCGGAAAAAGACCCUGCCGUUAUACCGUAUGUUCGUCAAGGGUGAAGGUUUGAAGGGUACGGUUGGGGUUGUACACUUGACCAAGAGUAAGAAGAUUGAUCGCGAUGACGUUGCCAAACAGAUGGAUCUGGUUUUCCAUUUGACAGCAAACGAAUCCAAAUCAAAUGGAAGCACCAGAGAUCUGAAAUCUCUGGAGAGACGAGAUCACAAGGAAACCGCCGACUUGGUUGAGGAGAAAAAGGAGAAAAAGGAGAAGUUGAAGAAGAAGGACAAGAAGGACCAAACGGAAAAGAAGGAAAAGGAGAAGAAGGAGAAGAAGGAUAACACCGAAAAGAAGGAUAAGAAGGAGAAGAAGGAGAAGAAGGAUAAGAAGGAUAAGAAGGAGAAGAAGGAAAAGAAGGAAAGGAAGGAAAAGAAGAAGAAACCAAAGGACAAGGAAGACAAGAAGGAGAAGAAGAGUAAAGAUCUGAAAUCGAAAAAGCGGAAGUCCGAAUCCGAUGAGCGACCAUCGAAAAAGUCUAAACUCCGUUCUUAG